AAACGUUUGUGUGAUGAUUUUUGUCAUCAUAGCGGGUAGUGUCCUUGGAUUUCAAAGUGGAUGGCCUGGUUAUGCCCUUUCCAAUGGGUACUUUCCUUUUGGAGUUAAUGGGAUGCUUGCUGGAUCCGCUACUGUUUUCUUUGCAUAUAUAGGCUUUGAUGCGGUUGCAAGCACGGCUGAGGAGGUGAAGAAUCCACAACGUGAUUUGCCAUUGGGAAUUGGAAUCGAAAAAUCCCUAUGCUGUGUCUUGUACAUGCUGGUAUCUGUGGUUAUAGUUGGUUUGGUGCCUUAUUAUGCAAUGGAUCCUGACACACCAAUUUCAUCUGCUUUCUCCAGCCAUGGGAUGCAGUGGACAGUGUACAUUAUCACUGCCGGUGCAAUUACUGCUCUCUGUGCAACAUUGUUGGGUUCACUCCUUCCCCAGGCAAGUUCUUCGCAGCUUGAACAAAUAGUUAACCAAUGA